GUGUGUAAAGCUAACACACCCAUAGGUUUAUCGUUUUUACGCGCUGUUCUCGGUGCUUACGUGCAGCCGAGUUGGCAUGUGUAAUGGAUUAGAAUUAGGGUUCCCCACACUGAAUCACAUUAAGUUUAAUAAAUGAAACCGUUCGAGUCUGACGAGGACGGAGUGGAGCAGCUGGGUGUAGAACUAAAGCAGCCAGUCAGUGAAAGUCAGCAGCAUCUCAGCAGAGAACAUCCUGAUAUCAACAAGGAGGAAGAGGAAGAGCUCAGACACGGUGAUGGAGGCCUCCAGGCAUCCGUCAUGCCCGACAAGGACAGGGCAUCGAAGAGCCAGAAGACACAGAGCGAAGCAGUUAAUCAACUGAAAAGCCUCCUACUGAAGCAGGGCAUGGCAAUACCUGCUCCCCUCUCUCCACGCAAGGACUUGGUCCCAGUCACUCACAACCAGUCUGACUACAUCAAACAUCUGGAGGCUGAAGUUCGAUUCUGCAAGGAAGAGCAACAGGGCCUCAAACAGAGGAUUCGAGUGGUGGUGGUGGAGAACGAGAAACUGUGGUCCGAGCUUAAAGCCAAACAUGCCACCCCUGUGAAGGAACACACGGAGAAUGAGUGUCUGACAGGAGGGGAACACGCCACAUGGAAACAUGAGCUGGAACAGUUGAAGGUCAUGCACCAUGCCCAGAUUGAAACAUUGGAGGAUCAGGUCAUCUCCCUCAGGAGGGACUUGUCGCUCAGCCGGGAGGAGUGCAAGGAUGUGAUGGCCCGUCUCAGACGCAGCGAGAAGGAAGCGGCGGAUGCACAACGAGCUAACGGUGCGCCCCGUGUGGCCGGCUUGUGUCUGAAGUGUGCGCAGCAGGAGGCGGUCUUGGCCGGGGCGCCCACCAACGCACACGUCCAGGCUCUAGAUAGACUUACCAAGGAGCGCGACGAGCUGCUGGUGGCUCUGAGCGAUGCACGCUCAGCUCAGCAAGAAGUGCAGCACAGGGAGUGGUCAGCAUGUCUGCAGGUCAAACACGCCGUGGAGGUGGCCGAGGAAGCCAACCUGCACAAAGCUGAGGUGGAGGUGCAGUGCCAGCAGCUGUCCCGGGAGCUGGCUCGGCAGACGGCGCAGCGAGAGCGAGAUGCACAGGCUUUGCAGCAGAGGUUGACCGAGGCUCGAGAGGAGGGACGCAAUGAGGGUCGAAGACAGAAAGAGGAGCUGGCAAAUACCGUGGCCUGGUUGUCCCAGCGUGCAGCCGAAUUGGAGGGCCAGCGGGACAGACUCCACGCAGACAAGAGCUUGCUGACCAAUCAGCUGGAAGAUGCACAGCGCAAACUUACGAAUGUGGAAAAAGACAACACCAAGGUCUGUGUCGACGUGCAGUAUCAGCUCAGCAGUGCCCGGCUGAAGAAGGAGGAGGCCGAGCGAGAACUCCAAGACCUCAAGUCCAAAACCAGCAGACAGCUGGAAAAAUGUACACAGGAAGUGGAAAAGCUGAGCUCAGAGCUGGUUGGCUGUCGACAGCGUCUGGAGGCGGUCCAAAAGGACGGGAGCCAAUGGCAGGCCGAAGCCCUGAGCCUGGCAGAACAGCUGGCAAAUGCCCAGCGCCAACUGCACCUCACCAGAGAGGAAAAAGAGACUGCAGAAAAAGCACAGGAGGACAAAAUGGCACGUGCGGCCCGAGCGUGGCGGGACAGGGAGAGCGAACUGGCGGCUCUGCUGAAGCAAACGGAGAUGCAACACCUGCAGAGAGUCGAUGAGCUGGACGAACUGCUGUCUUCCCAAAAUUCCCUGAUCAAGAAGCUGAAAGAGGAGUGUCUCACACUGGCAGCAACAUUGGAGCAACUGACAGGAAACAGACGGAGAGAAGUGGAGCAGCUGGCCGUGGAGAAGCUGUACCUUGAGGACACGGUGAAGAGUCUGAGAGCUCGCUGCAGCGACAUGGAGGAACAAUGUGUUCAGCACGGACGCUUGCAUCAGUGCAUGAAGAACAGGCUGCAGCAGUUGGACCGUCACUGUCAGAGCAGCGCCCAGCAGGUCUGUGAGCUGCUGGCUAAACAGAGUCGACUCAUGCAGGACCGAAGCGCUCACACUCACAACCACUCGGACAUCUAAACAAGCUUUACGGCUUUCACGUGGAUGACGUUUUGGACGGCUCUGCCCCAGAGUUCUAUGAUGUCAACGUGAUCCGGACUUCCUCAUAUGGGCUACAGAUUGCCUGCACUCACUAAACAUGGAACUAUGUAUCCGGAAGUCCUCAGGAGCGUCACCAAUCACAGUGGAGUGGGCGUACCGAGAGGAAGGCCCGUGGGUGGAGUAAAUGAAACGGACCGUUUGAGUCGGAAGCAGGAAGUCCAUGGAAACCCUGCAGAAAGAGGUACAUAAUCUGGAAGAUCUAGAAAGCCGUAGCUGCUCUGUAGGAGCCCACAAGUCAAUACAAAGUGCCCAAGGUGAGCAUAAUGUGUCCACAAUAUUUUUCAUACAUUUUAAUUUUAAAUCACUAUUUCUAAGUAUUUUUUUAUAGAUUUUAUAUUUAUAAAUGGAAUGUUUUCAUAAAGCAUAGAAAACCGGUUUAUGACCUAAGCAGUUUUUUUUAACAUUAGAGCCCUCUAGACAUGAAAUAACACCCCUAUAGUCACCGUUAUGCAUGUAUUACAUAAUAAUAUAAUGUAUGACAUAAUAUAGACUGACAUGUUAGCACAGGAAGUGUUGCGGGUUUCUUGACAGUACUUCCUGCAGUGACUAGUGUACAUACAAUACUGCGUAUCAGAACCUGUCUUUCAAUGUUUGUAUUUUUGUUUGUGUAGCCAUUUUUAUGCUUGAACUGCUUUAGCCCAACAAUAUAUAAACUGUGGUUUA